AUGUUGCGGUGGACGAGGCGGCAGUCGCAGCUGAGCAAGGCCAUGAUCAGCAACGCUUGCAGUCGCAGCAGUAGUGGCAGUGGUUGUGGUUGGAGCAGUAGCAGCCUGAGUGGCUGCAGCGGUCAUGGUUUUGCAGGGCGUUGGAGUGCUGCGGGUGGACUGCACGGCAGCGGCAUGAGCGGCACGCGGCAGCAGAAACGGGCGGCUGCGUCGUCGUCGGCGGCAUCGCGCUGGGCAGUCACGAUGACGGGCGCCGGACUGGCUGUUACUGCGAGUGCUUUCCGCCGUCAGACACGCGCUUGCAUGCUGGGCAUGCGCUGGCUCGGUGCAGUCGUGUCCAUGAACGUGGCCAGCCCGUCCAAGACACCAGCAUCAACACGAGCCCUGUCAACAUCAGCGUCAUCAGCGUCAGGGAGAGGCGAUGGUGGUAGUGAUGGCGUAGCAAAUGGAGGAGAAGUGACAGGAGCAUCGUCGGCCAAGAUGAGCGACAGCCGACAACACACCGAAAGAGGAGAGGAGCCCACAUUCGCCAAGGGCGCGGCUGCCAGCGGCAUUGCGCGUGCGUUAGAGGCUCACACGAGCUUGCACUUUGAUGUGCAUGGCGAUGACAUCCAUGUGGAAACGGAGCCGGCUGCGUUCUACACUCGCCUGGUGCAGUCCAUCAAGACGGCAGAGCGCCGCGUUGUUCUCACCUCCCUCUAUCUUGGCACAGGCCAACACGAGCGCGAUUUGGUAUCAGCUCUGACGCAGCGAAUGGAGGACAAUACCUCCCUUGAGACGACGGUGGUGUUGGAUUACACACGCGGCACACGCGGAUCGCCGAAUUCCAUGGGCCCGUUUGGAGUUCGACAGGAGGAGGAGUGCAUGACAGCGCUGCUGCGAUCGCUGUCGUCGUCGUCACACGUGGAUAUGGCGACAGGCUACUUCAACCUCUCCCCAGCAAACACGGCCGCACUCCUCUCAUCUCAGUCGUCGUGUCGGGUCAUCUGCGCGUCGCCUCGCGCCAACGGGUUCCUCGGUGCUCGCGGUCCUCGUGGGCACAUCCCGGCCGCAUACACACACAUGCUGCGCUCGUUCCUGCAAUCGCUGCAGCCGCACGCCCGCGUGGAGGCGAUGGAGUACGAGCGUGAGGGCUGGACAUUCCACGCUAAAGGCAUGUGGGUCCGUGAUUCCACCAGCGCCGCGCCGAGCGUGACGAUUGUCGGCUCGUCCAACUUUGGCCAGCGCUCGUCUGACCGCGAUUUGGAGGCACAGGCCGUCAUUGUGACGUCAAACCCGUGCUUGCAGGCAGAACUGGACAAGGAGGUUACAUCCCUUGUGUCGCGGUCGUCGCGCGUGUGCGCUUCUGAUCUCGAAUCUCCAUCCCGCCGCCCGAACCUGUUCCAGACCAUUGGCGCCGAAGUCAUUCGCUCAUUCCUCUGA